GUCCGGUCGAUUGACAAAGAAAUCGGGCAGCAGGUGACAUGGGGGGGGUUGUGGCCGUUUGAUUGGCCUGGAAUUGCUCCGCAGUCCAGCCGACCGACCUUGGACGGCUAAAGUCAAGGUUCCAAAAAAAAGUGACAUCUCAGGUUGUGCAGCUCUUGGUGUUCAGUCGCUGGUGUCCUGAGCUGUUUUGUUGCCCAGGAGCAUGUGGCCCGCGCGCCGUUGAGCCAGGCUGACGACAGGAGCGGGUCCUGCUGAAGAAACGUGCAGACUGAAGAAUAGCAAAGAACAUUCCUCCAGAGUCCUGUCCUGUCGUCUUGCUGUCAGGCCUCCAGUUUCUGAACAGUGGUUCAGUAUUAAAGUGUGAGCCAAGCGGGUCACGGCUGGAAAGAAGGUCCGAAAUCACGAUCUGGGCAGGCGAGAGCAAAGAGAAAAAAAACAUCUCAAACAAGAGAUUUCGGCUCGGUGCGCUCUGCAUGGCCACCACGGUGCAUCGUCGUAUGGUGCGCCAUUUGAUGAAUCCCUGUCGUGGUUGUGGCCGGUUGAAAGGUGCAAAAUGGCGAUUUCAGCGUCGCAGCCUGGCCAAGAUAUCAGGAUCCAGAGACAAAUAUAGGGAAUUGUGCCUUCCUCUCAACAAGUGAUGCUCUUGAUAACGGUGACAUGGUGAUGGGACAGGGUGGAGACUUGCCGGGAUUUUAUCGUGGCGUUUCUGGCCUUUUAGCUGAUGCGGGCAGGGGUGCCAUCUGUCCCGCACUCGGCAUCCUUUGAUCCCGCCCAAAAAAUUACGUCGACGGAUUCGAAAGCUGUGAGAAUCGAUAAAGAUGACAGGUUCUUCGCAAUAGCAGUCAGCAUCCUCAUUACACUACAUAUAUCCCGCUCAGAGCCUUCACAUGCACAUAGCUAGCUAUUUCCAUAUACAUAAAGGAAAGCUCAUCGCCCAUCCCGGAGCUGUUUGACAACCCGACCUGAACUAAUUCCAAGUUGUUACCCCGCCCUUGGCUGUCGCUGCACUGCGCCUGCCCCGCAUUGAAGAGCAGCUCGAACGGUUUCCAAGCUUUCAUUUGCAGGUGCACCAGUCGACAACGUCACCAGAGGCACAGUCGAUCCACAGCUGGCCGCUGUCAAACAUUCCAGAACUUAGCAACAAAAGGAUAGCCGUUGCUCUUUAUCAUCACCUCUCUUCAGGAACCGACUCCCAACCUAAUACAAAUCCUUCAAGACACUGUCGCGCAGGCAGGACCUCCCCUCGUAACAUACCCCAGAGCGCUGCAUCGCAGGCGCUCCCCUCACCAUUCGUUCCUCGCAAUCCGCGCUGUCAACCCCCAAACUCGUUACCCGCAAUGCCCGGCCUCGUUGACGAAAACGGCUCGUCCGGUCGCCUCCUCCUAAUCUCAAAUCGCCUUCCCAUCACCAUCAAGCGAACAGACGAUGGCCAAUACAGCUUCUCCAUGUCCUCAGGUGGUCUUGUCACUGGUCUCAGCGGCUUGUCCAAGGCCACCAGCUUCCAGUGGUAUGGGUGGCCCGGCCUGGAGGUGCCCGAGGCGGAAAUCGGUCCCAUGAGAGAACAGCUCAAAGAGAAAUACAACGCUUACCCCGUGUUCGUCGACGAUGAGCUGGCUGACCGUCACUACAACGGCUUUGCGAACUCGAUCUUGUGGCCACUCUUCCACUACCACCCCGGUGAGAUCACAUUCGACGAGGCUGCUUGGGCUGCCUACCGCGAUGUCAACAGAUUAUUUGCCAAGGAGGUGGUCAAAGACGUACAAGACGGCGAUCUGGUCUGGGUCCACGACUACCAUCUCAUGCUGCUCCCGCAAAUGUUGCGCGAGGAGAUUGGAAACUCCAAGAAGAAUGUAAAGAUUGGCUUCUUCUUGCACACGCCAUUCCCCAGCAGUGAGAUCUAUCGCAUUCUCCCGGUCAGAGAGCAACUGUUACUAGGGAUCUUGGAAUGCGACUUGAUCGGCUUCCACACCUACGAUUAUGCCAGACAUUUCCUGAGCAGUUGCUCGAGGAUAUUGUCUACUCCAACAACACCUAAUGGGGUUGACUGGAAUGGCAGGUUCGUUACCGUCGGCGCUUUCCCAAUCGGCAUCGACCCCGAGAAGUUUGUUGAAGGCUUGAAGAAGCCGAGUGUUCAAGCGCGUAUCGCCGCCUUGAAACGCAAGUUCGAGGGCGUCAAGCUCAUCGUUGGUGUGGAUCGCCUUGACUACAUCAAGGGUGUCCCCCAAAAACUCCACGCGUUGGAGGUGUUCCUCACCGAACAUCCCGAGUGGAUUGGCAAGAUUGUUCUGGUGCAGGUGGCGGUGCCAAGUCGUCAAGAUGUGGAGGAAUACCAGAACUUGCGAGCCGUCGUUAAUGAGCUUGUGGGCCGCAUCAAUGGGAGGUUUGGCACGAUUGAGUUCAUGCCCAUCCACUUCCUCCACCAGUCUGUCUCGUUUGAUGAGCUCACGGCACUCUACGCUGUCAGCGAUGUCUGCCUGGUCAGCUCCACCCGCGACGGCAUGAACCUGGUGUCAUACGAAUACAUCGCCACACAGAGAGAGCGUCACGGAGUCAUGAUCCUGUCCGAGUUUACUGGAGCGGCUCAGAGUCUUAAUGGAAGUCUGAUCGUCAAUCCCUGGAACACGGAAGAGCUGGCCAACGCCAUCCACGACGCCGUCACCAUGAGCCCCGAACAGCGCGAGGCUAACUACCGCAAGCUGGAGCGAUAUGUGUUCAAGUACACUAGCGCUUGGUGGGGCCAGAGCUUCGUGACGGAGUUGACUAGGAUUCCAACUUUUGAGGAGCAACAGGCUGAGCAGACCACCAGACGGGCGAUUAAGAGCGCCGCUGAGGGUGUUGCCGAAGUGGCCAACAACGGCGUCGAGGUGGUGCACGAUGCUGUUUGUGCUGUGACGGGUGAUGAGGAGACGGAAUAGCCGCAACAGUGAUUGGGGGUAGGUUCUGGUGGAUGGUCGGGUUCAAAAAGUUGGCUUUGCGUUUUUAUCUCGGGUUAAGAAAUAACAAGGGUCUCGUGCGUUGAGAAUUUGGCGUUGCAGUAUGGUUUGGGAGGGAAGAAGGGGGGUUUAUGAAGUAUAUGCCGGUGAGACAUGGGCAUCAAAAUUCUCUGCUCCGUGUCGGUUGUCUCCUUUUCGUCAUUCCAUAGACAUUUUGCAUGGAGCUAGGCGUUGAUAGUAGUCUGGAGUUUACAGACAAGACUUGACAAGCUCCAAUACUGAACAAUUUGUUGCGAAGUCCAUGACUUUGCCGGAUAUGAGAUACUGUGAAGAUCUUUGCCUU